UUGCAAAAGCGUAUGAACCGAUACAAUGUAGGACCUGUGUUCUUCGGCGUAACUGUUGCCCGCUGCAUCAUCAGUCGCCGAAGCUGCCCGGAUACAAGUCGGGCGUUCAAGUACGGAGUAGAGCACGUCGGAAUACUGCAAGUCUGGCCGUGUCCGAGCGUGACUACGAGUAUAGUGGCUAUUGGUAUAUAAUGAGGUACAAUGACGGCUUUAUUGGGAGAAGCAUAAUUCAUCUUCCUCACUACAACUCACUCUCAAGCUUACAAGUCCGACAUCAUGUCUGCUCCUAUUCACAUCGGCGUCUUCAUUCCCAAUGAGGCCCAGUUCCUCGACACGGCCACUGUCGAUGUCCUGGGAAGCAUGUCGAGGGAGUACCUGGAAUUGGUUCCCAUCCCCCAACAGAUCAUCGACAUGGCGCCCAAGACGACCAUCUCGUACAUCACGUCGCCGCGAAACGGCAAGGACAUCCCGAUGACUUCAGGCGGCAGGCUCAAGGCCACGCAUCACUAUGGUGACGCCGACGUUGCGCCUGGCAAGCUGAGCGUCAUUGUGGUCCCGGGUCCGUACCCGGAUGCCAAGUUUGAUAAGGAGGGCUUGCAGUGGCUCCACGACCACAGCCAGAUUGAGGGCGUCGACAUUCUGAGCGUGUGCACCGGUGUCCUUGUCUGCGGCGAGGCGGGUAUCUUGGAGGGCAAGACGGUCAGUGGGCCCAAGAUGAUGCAGGACGAGUUGCAGAAGAAGUAUCCUACUGCCACUUUCACCGGCGCAAAUCAGAGAUGGGUCAGGGAUGGCAACCUUUGGUCCAGUGGUGGUGUUACCAAUGGCAACGACCUGAUGGCAGCGUUUGCGAGGGAAUCGGGCAGAUGGCCUCAGCCAGUGGUCGAUCUUGGUCUGGAAAUAACAGACGUCGGCGACAGGAAGCAGUUCUAUAACGAGUCGUAAGUUCACUCGUUGAUGAAGAUAUCAUGGGUGGAGGUGGAUGGUGCAGUGAUGCAAUGCCAGCCUGCCAGUGGGAGUUUGGGUGGGGCGCGGCCGUUGCUGAGACAGCCACCGAUUAGAGUCUUAUCGCGCGCUAUGAUUCGUCACAGGCUCACCGCUGUGGGGCUUCCAAAAAUUU